CAGUUGCUUUGAAGCGAUUCUUCCAAUCAGACGAACGCCGGAGUUUGCCGAGUGAAAACACAAUCAAAAAAGUAACCAAGUAAAAAGGGAGUGAGAAGAGAGAGAGAGAGAGAGGUGAAGCAAAGCAAAGCAAAGCAAAAAGCACAAACGAAUACCAAGCACAAGGCAAAGCGCGCAACACGUGAAACAGCAGACGCCAAUUGAUUUUAAUUUCGAGAUGUCCACCGCAACCACAACAACCACAUCCAUUGAUGGAUACAAGCUGGGAAAGGUCCUCAUCGAGGGCAAAACCAAGCAGGUCUACGACCUUCCCGAGCAUCCAGGCCUAUGUCUGCUCUUCAGCAAGGAUCGCAUCACUGCGGGAGAUGGCGUCAAGGCCCACGAUCUGGCGGGCAAGGCGGAGAUCUCCAACACCACCAACGGCCAGGUUUUCCGAUUACUCAACGAGGCCGGAAUUCGCACCGCCUAUGUGAAACAGUGCGGCGCCAAGGCUUUCAUCGCCCGCAAGUGCCAGAUGAUACCCAUCGAGUGGGUGACGCGACGCCUGGCCACCGGAUCGUUCCUUAAGCGAAAUGUCGGAGUGCCCGAGGGAUACAGAUUCUCGCCGCCCAAGCAGGAGACGUUCUUUAAGGAUGAUGCAAACCACGAUCCGCAGUGGAGCGAAGAGCAGAUUGUAUCGGCCAAAUUCGACCUUAAUGGCUUGUUAAUCGGUCAAGAUGAGGUUGACAUAAUGCGUAGAACCACUCUGCUCGUCUUUGAGAUACUUGAGAGGGCGUGGCAGACAAAGAACUGCGCACUUAUUGACAUGAAAGUGGAGUUUGGUAUAUGCGAUGAUGGCAAUAUUGUGCUGGCCGAUAUUAUUGACUCUGAUUCGUGGCGCCUGUGGCCAGCCGGUGAUAAGCGCUUGAUGGUGGACAAACAGGUGUAUCGCAAUCUGGCAUCCGUAACUGCUAACGAUUUGGAAACGGUCAAGAGGAACUUUAUCUGGGUGGCCGAACAACUGGCCGAUAUUGUACCCAAGAAGGAUCACUUGGUGGUGAUUUUAAUGGGCAGCGCGUCAGACACUUCGCACAGCGAGAAGAUAGCCACAAGCUGCCGAUCCUUGGGUCUGAAUGUGGAACUCCGGGUGAGUUCUGCCCACAAGGGACCGGAGGAGACGCUGCGCAUUGUCCGGGAAUACGAAUCGGUGAUGAGCAAUCUUAUCUUUGUGGCCGUGGCUGGACGAUCGAAUGGACUGGGACCCGUUGUUUCCGGCAGCACCAACUAUCCGGUGAUCAAUUGUCCGCCAGUGAAAUCGGACAAUAUGCAGGUGGACGUGUGGUCCAGCUUGAAUCUGCCAUCGGGCUUGGGCUGUGCCACGGUCCUCUAUCCGGAGGCAGCUGCUCUGCAUGCGGCCACUAUCCUGGGACUUGGCAACUUUAUGGUCUGGUCGAAAUUGCGUGUCAAGGCGCUCAACAACUUUAUCACCCUGAAGAAGGCCGAUAAGGAACUGCGCGGAGUGCGAAAUGCUUAGUUUUCUAAUGGAGAACGGAGAUCAACUGGUAGUCACCUGGAGAUCCAAUUGGAUAUCAUCCGGAGCCAUAUAGAGCUGGUCCAAGGAUCCUUUUAACAACAUCAUGCACAGAUCGCUUCCUUUGUUGUUCCUUCUUCUCUCUUUGUUUUUUUUUUUUAUUCUUUUUUAUUUUUUUUUAGUAUUAAGAAAGCAUGAUAUGAAUUAGUUGUACCCCGUUUUUAAUAGGGUAACUCGAAAUACCUAAUAAUAAAUCGAAAACCUUAAAUGUUAAAA